AUGGCUUACUACGGGAAGCUGAAGGUUAUGUGGGAUGAACUGGCGGAUUAUGAUCCGAUACCCACGUGUCGUUGUAGCGGUUGCAACUGCAAAAUUGCGACCAUGCUUGAAAAGAAGCGAGAAGAAGAGAGGGUACAUCAGUUCUUGAUGGGCCUUGAUGACACAACUUAUGGCACCGUGCAUUCGAAUAUUUUGAGCAUAGAAUUGUUGUCGAGUUUGAACCGUGUCUAUGCAAUUGUCAUUCAAGAGAAAAGGCAUCAAAGUAUAGCCAAGAGCAAAGAAGAACGAAGUGAUGCUGUGGGUUUUGCGGUGCAUGUAGGUGCCGAUGCAAAAGCAGUUGCUGCACGUACAAAGGAUAAAAACGUGAGCUGUGCACAUUGUGGAAAAUCCGAACAUGAAGCAAAGGACUACUUUCAGGUAACCGGAUAUCCAGAAUGGUGGGGAGAUAGACACGCUCAACCAGGAAAGAAGCAGGUUGCGGGCGAAGUGGUUCGAGCGUGGGUGCCGGUGGACAAGGACGAGGAAACAAGGCAAGAGAACGCUGCCCAAGCAGCGGGAAGUGAAACUGGAGGACAAAAGGUUGGAACCACCAAUGAUCAUGACCGUAGCGGGUUUCUGGGGCUGAGUGGAGACCAAUGGACAACACUUCUCAAUAUUCUGAAUUCACAUAAAUCUGAAAGACUUUCCGGUAAGAAAAUUCCUACUGAUUGCAUAAUUGAUUCCGGGGAGUCGCACCAUAUGACUGGAGAAAUUAAUUUAUUGAUUGAUGUUCGGAACAUUACACCGUGUCUGAUGGAACUUCCCAAUGGGAAGCAAAUUACUGCAGUAAAGGAAGGGACUUUGCAUUUGGGUGGAAAUAUAGCAAAACAAACUAGGAAAUGUUUUCCUGAAAGUAAACAUAAAGCUGAUGAUUGUUUCUCUCUAAUUUAUUGUGAUACAUGGGGUGCUUAUGAAGUACCUGCCUCUUGUGGUGCCAUUUACUUUCUAACCAUUGUUGAUGAUUAUUCUCGUGCUGUGUGGGUUUACCUGUUACUUGAAAAAAGUGAAGUAGCACAUAUUAUUGAGAAUUUUUGUGCCAUGGUAGAACGCCAAUUUGGCAAACAAGUCAGAGCUGUUCAAAGUGAUAAUGGAAUAGAGUUUAAAGGCCUGAAGUCAUACUUCAAGACUCAUGGCAUUCUACAUCAGACUUUCUGUGUUGGAACACCCCAACAGAAUGGUCGAGUGGAAAGAAAACAUAGGACACCUUCUUCCGUACUUGGCGGGAAGACUCUGUACGAGGUACUGUUUGGGACGACACCUCAAUUCGAGCAAAUAAGAGUGUUUGGCUGUCUCUUCUAUGCUCAUUGGAGUCCUCGCGAUAAGGAUAAGUUUGGAGCAAGGAGUAGGAAGUGUGUUUUUGUAGGCUAUCCCUACGAGAAGAAAGGUUGGCGCGUAUAUAACGUUGAGAGCAUUGAAUACCUCAUCUCCCGUGAUGUAGUUUUCCAUGAAAACAUAUUUCCAUAUACCAGUGAUUUAGAAGAAACUCUUGAAGACAACCCUAGCCUGGAAAUUGCGGCCGUAGUUGAUGAUGAUGUUUUUCACAGCCACAGGGGACAUAAAGACAAGGGGAGUGUUGAAGACAAUAUUUGUGCGAAUGAUAGGGAGAGCUUUCAAGAUACUCAUAGAGGAGAGGAGGAGCAAGGCAAUGGAGGGGGUGUGCAGGAGGUGGAAGCUAAUGAUGGAGAGGACGGAAUUAGUAUGGCUCCAGCACCACAAACAGCACCAGAAGAGCAACUUGGCAAGGGACAUCGACACCGCACGCUGUCUGUUUUGUUAAAGCCCUACGAAACCUACACUACUCGAUGUUUGAAAGACCCCACUCACACUCAAGCCAACUCUGAAUCAAAGUCAUUAGGUACAACUCCCUAUCCCGUAGCAAAUUAUGUGACAUGUACUAACUUCUUUGCUAAACAUCAAGCCUUCUUAGCUGCAGUCACUACAGGGGCCGAGCCUACCAGUUUUUUUGAGGUAGUAAAAAGUGAGAAAUGGAGAGAGAAGCUAUGA